AUGACCAUCCUGGGGUGGAGUACAUCGCUGCCAGGACCCGGGAGGGGACGCGCGCACCGCUGCCUGGACCUUCCCGGGGAGAGCGUUGCUGCCGGGACUCCGGAGGAGCGCGCAACCCUGCUAGGACUUUGUAACGGGAGCACGGCUGCCAGGAUCCCAAGGAGUGAAGCACACCUCUGCCAGGACCCUGCGUGGAGCGCACCGCUGCCAGGACCCUGCGUGGGGCGCCCCGCAGUCCCCGCCCCGCGCGUCCCAGUCGCCAUCCUGGUCCACGGCCUAGGCUCUCCGGCCGUGUUCUCCAUCCCCGUCUCCGGUCUCCGCCGCGUCUCGGGCCGGCCUCGCCCGCACUCCCUGGUCACCGUCCCUCCGCCCGCGCCCUUCCGGAGGGCCUCCGCCGCCGCCGCCCUGGCGCUGCCCGCCGAGGCCGCCUGCGCCCUGUGCCAGCGCGCGCCGCGAGAGCCGGUGCGCGCCGAUUGCGGCCACCGCUUCUGCCGGGCGUGCGUGGUGCGCUUCUGGGCCGAGGAGGACGGGCCCUUCCCGUGCCCCGAGUGCGCCGACGACUGCUGGCAGCGCGCCGUGGAGCCCGGCCGCCCGCCGCUCAGCCGCCGGCUGCUGGCGCUCGAGGAGGCGGCCGCUGCGCCCGCGCGCGACGGCCCGGCCUCCGAAGCGGCGCUGCAGCUGCUGUGCCGUGCCGACGGGGGCCCGCUGUGCGCCGCCUGCCGCAUGGCCGCGGGGCCCGAGCCGCCAGAGUGGGAGCCGCGCUGGAGGAAGGCGCUGCGCGGCAAGGAGAACAAGGGUUCUGUGGAGAUCAUGCGGAAAGACCUGAAUGACGCCCGGGACCUGCACGGCCAGGCUGAGUCUGCUGCUGCCGUUUGGAAGGGACACGUGAUGGACCGCAGGAAGAAGGCCCUGACCGACUACAAGAAGCUUCGGGCCUUCUUUGCCGAGGAGGAGGAGCGUUUCCUGCAGGAGGCGGAUAAAGAGGAGGGGUCCGCAGAGGACGAGGACACAGACCCGGCCGAGCGCUUUGGGUCACUGCUGCAGGCUGUCUCGGAGCUGGAGAGGAGGCACCGCAACCUGGGGCUCAGCAUGCUGCUUCAGUGAUGUCCUGCCCUCUGCUGGCUCCAGACGGUAACAGCUCCAUCUACCCUGGCCUGUCGCCCAGCAGCUCCUCCAUCACCUCCUCCUGGACCCGCAAUGACCUUCACCCAUGAGGGUCUGCACCGAGGUGCACACGCAGGACGCAUACCACGGGUGGCCACCUUGGGUGGGCCAAGACUGCCCUAGCAGUGUCCCUGUUCCCUUUCCCUGUGGGUAUUCGUGGUCCCCAGGCUGUAACCGUUUUACCGUAGAGACCUGUAGCUACUGGUGGGUACUGUUGACCCCAAUGUAUCACGACUUUUCAUAAAGUUCUUGUCGCUGUCA